AUUCGACUCGUGGCGUCUGCAUCAAGUCUGAAAGCAGACGCGCAACUUUCGCAGAAUCCACCUUAAAAUCUCUGCCUUAAACUACACCAGCCCCCAAAAAAUCCAAGGGGGGAUCCGGGGGGGGAGAGAAGAUUCCCCUCCCCCCUCACCCAUCCCUCCCCCUUCCUCCUCCCUUUGAGUUAACCAGGCCCCGCUCACUAUAUCUCUUUAUAUUAAAUAUAUAUAUAUAUAUUAGAGAAGAGCGAGGGAGGAGAACCACCUCUACCCCCCCCUUUUUAAUUUUUUUUAAUUUUUGCAAGGAUCCCAAGAACUAAGGUGGCUGCAGAAGGGAGAGCGGCGCAAGCCAAGUGGGGGGAGGGUGGAGGAAACCCGGGAGAAGGCUUUCUCCAGCCCCCAAAGUUUUGAUGAUGACCAUGACUACGAUGGCUGACGGCUUGGAAGGCCAAGACUCGUCCAAAUCCGCCUUCAUGGAGUUCGGGCAACAACAGCAGCAGCAGCAGCAGCAGCAACAGCAGCAGCAACAGCAACAGCCGCCGCCGCCGCCGCCGCCGCCGCCGCCGCAGCCGCACUCGCAGCAGAGCUCCCCGGCCAUGGCAGGCGCGCACUACCCUCUGCACUGCCUGCACUCUGCGGCGGCGGCGGCGGCGGCGGCCGGCUCGCACCACCACCACCACCAGCACCACCACCACGGCUCGCCCUACGCGUCGGGCGGCGGCAACUCCUACAACCACCGCUCGCUCGCCGCCUACCCCUACAUGAGCCAUUCGCAGCACAGCCCUUACCUCCAGUCCUACCACAACAGCAGCGCGGCCGCCCAGACGCGAGGGGACGACACAGAUCAACAAAAGACCACAGUGAUUGAAAACGGAGAAAUCAGGUUCAAUGGAAAAGGGAAAAAGAUUCGGAAGCCUCGGACCAUUUAUUCCAGCCUGCAGCUCCAGGCUUUAAACCAUCGCUUUCAGCAGACUCAGUACCUGGCCCUUCCUGAGAGAGCUGAACUGGCAGCUUCCUUAGGACUGACACAAACACAGGUGAAGAUAUGGUUUCAGAACAAACGCUCUAAGUUUAAGAAACUGCUGAAGCAGGGUAGUAACCCGCAUGAGAGUGACCCUCUUCCGGGCUCUGCAGCCCUCUCGCCACGCUCCCCGGCUCUGCCUCCGGUGUGGGACGUUUCAGCAUCAGCCAAGGGCGUCAGUAUGCCCCCCAACAGCUACAUGCCUGGCUAUUCGCAUUGGUACUCCUCUCCACACCAGGACACGAUGCAGAGACCACAGAUGAUGUGAGUUGUCCAAGGGAAAGUGAUACCCUAGGGAAACGUCUGAACAAGGCAAGGAGGAUCCGGGAUCUACUUGCAUCUGCCAAACCUAGCCCAAGGAGCAGGCUCUAGGGAACUCUGAUGUAUGGUCAGAAAGUCUGGGCGCUUGCUCAAGCUUUCUCCCUCUCUCCAGCUGUCUCUCUCACUCAUUCCUUUCUUUCUUUUUUUCUUCCUUCGUUUCUUCCCACAUUUCUCUUCUUUCUUUCCUUUCUUCACCUGCCUUUCCCUUGAGCAGCCUCAGUAAUUGAUCUUGCAUGAGAGAGCCAGAGAGCACUAUACUGUGCCAAUGCUCCUGAAACCCCUCACUGAAAGAAUAUUUUCCCUUACUCCUUGGGAUCCAGGCUCCGAGCCGCUUCUUCUCUUUGGGAGUAUCCAUCAAAACGACUUUUUUACACAGACAUUGCCCCCCCCGCCCCCCCGCACCAGAAGAAUCUGUGCAAACAUGGCAGCAUUUUUACUUGUUUAAUAAGUUUAAGACAUUACAUGAUGAAAGAGAAGCAUUUUGGACACCUACAUUUUUAUUUACUAAUCCCAGACUGACAAAGAAAGAAUGUGAGAGAGAAAAGAAAAAGAAAAAAGAAAGAAAAAGCCUUCAAAUAACAACAGCCCUUCUCUAAAGAAAAAGGAAGAUCUCGGACAUAAGGGUAGAAUAUUGACACAAAGAGAAUGCUGCAUGUUUCGUCAAAACACAAUGAGCAAGAAUGGCAAUUAAAAAGAAAGAAAAAAGAAAACAAAAUCACUCUUCUCCCAUCCACUCCCCCCAACCAUGAACUGGAAUCAGGAAAGACAGAGGAAACAACUAAAAUCACCAUUCUAUUGCUUUGCUACAUUUACUAGGUGAAAUGGUGGUAUUCACUAAGCUGAUAGGGACGUUUAUAUCAAGAAACAUUUCUGUAUAUAUUGUUGAAUUUUAGUUGUACAUAUACUUUGUAUGUUUUUGUCUUCUUUCAUAUAUGGAGUAAAAGCCACAAAAUGCU